AAGCUGUUGGGACUUCUUGAUUCCAGGAGGCUGCUGUGAGUGUUGGACAUUGUUUUCCCUGAAGCCUGGGCAGCAUUAGGGCAGGCAUGGAGCUGCUGACUGGCUGUGGCCUGGGGUCUGUGGCCAUAUUCACAGUCCUCUUCAUAUUACUGGUGGAUCUAAUGCACCGGCGCCAGCGCUGGACUUCUCACUACCCACCAGGCCCUGUGCCCUUGCCUGUGCUGGGCAACCUGCUGCAGGUGGACUUCAACGACAUGCCAUACAGCUUGUACAAGCUUCGACAACGCUAUGGUGACGUGUUCAGCCUGCAGAUGGCCUGGAGGCCAAUGGUUGUGAUCAAUGGACUGAAGGUGGUUCGGGAAGUGUUGGUGAACUGUGGAGAGGACACCUCUGACCGACCCCCAAUGCCCAUCUUUCAACACAUGGGCUUUGGGCACAAAGCUAAAGGUGUGGCCUUUGCACCUUAUGGGCCCGAGUGGCGAGAGCAGCGAAGAUUCUCUGUGUCCACCAUGCGCAACUUUGGCCUGGGCAAGAAAUCCCUGGAGCAGUGGGUGACAGAUGAGGCUGGCUACCUCUGUGAUGCCCUCGCUGAAAAAGCUGGACAGCCGCUCAAUCCCAGCCACCUCCUGAACAAAGCUGUGUGCAAUGUCAUCACGUCCCUCAUUUAUGCCCGGCGCUUUGAGUAUGGAGAUCCUCAGUUCACCGAGCUGCUAAAAAUUUUGGAAGAAAACAUGGGAGAGAACACUGGCUUGUUUCCUGAGAUUCUGAACACGUUCCCAAUUCUCUUGCGCAUCCCGGGGCUGGUUGACAAAGUCUUCCCUGGGCAAAAGACCUUCAUGGCCAUGGUGGAUAACUUGGUGAAUGAGCAUAGGAAGACCCGGGACCCUGCCCAGCCACCCCGAGACCUGACUGAUGCCUUCCUGGCAGAGGUGGAGAAGGCCAAGGGGAACCCCGAGAGCAGCUUCAAUGAUGCCAAUCUACGUUUGGUCGUCUCUGACCUGUUUGGUGCUGGGAUGGUGACCUCUUCCAUCACACUGGCCUGGGCCCUGCUGCUCAUGAUCCUGCACCCAGAUGUACAGCGCCGAGUCCACCAGGAGAUCGAUGAAGUCAUAGGACAGGGGCGGAGUCCAGAGAUGGCAGACCAGGCCUCCAUGCCCUACACCAAUGCUGUCAUUCAUGAGGUCCAGCGAUUUGCAGACAUUGUCCCAAUAAAUUUGCCACACAUGACCUCUCGUGACAUUGAAGUACAGGGCUUCCUCAUCCCCAAGGGAACGACCCUCAUCCCCAACCUGUCCUCCGUGCUGAAGGAUGAGACUGUCUGGGAGAAGCCCCUCCAGUUCCAUCCUGAACACUUCCUGGAUGCCCAGGGCCACUUUGUGAAGCAUGAGGCUUUCAUGCCAUUCUCAGCAGGCCGCAGAGCAUGCCUGGGGGAGCCUCUGGCCCGCAUGGAGCUCUUCCUCUUCUUCACCUGCCUCCUGCAGCACUUCAGGUUCUCGGUGCCUGAUGGACAGCCCCGGCCCAGCGACCAUGGGGUCUUUAUGUUGCUGUCAUCCCCCUCCCCCUAUGAGCUUUGUGCAGUCACUCGCUAGCAGGACACUGAUUCUAGUCCCACCCCUAGCUCACUCUGAUCUUCCCACAAUAAACCAGGGCUGUGGGUACCACUUCCUUUCUCAUUUAAACUCUCA